AUGGGGCAGGGACCGCAGGACGCUCGCUCGCGCCUCUCGCGCCACCUGGGCCUGCCUGGCUUCAAGAUCCUUGCCUGGCUUGCGCGGCUUCAAGAGCAAGGACGCUUGCGCGGCUUCAAGAUCAAGGACGUGCCUGGAGACAACAACUGCCAGUUCCACGCGCUGACCGACCAGCUGGAGCAGCUCGGCAUCAGCGGCUGGUCGGCCGCAGCCGAGCGAUGGACGACGGCUCCGUCGGCGAGCGAGUCCUUCAAGCUGCGCGACAGCGUCGGCGUCGAGGACUGGGACCGGUACAUCCGAGAGAUGUCGCAGCACGGGGCGACGCUGCUCGCGGCCUCCGUCAUCUUCAAGACGGAGAUCGUCGUCAUCUCGUCGCUCUCUCCCGACUACUGCCACACCAUCACGCCGCCGGACGGAUUUUAA